AUGUCUGAUAAUUCUGUGAUGAUGAAGUGGUUUCCAGUGUGCAUACUUGCUUUUGUGACCUUGUGUCAAAAUGCAUUUGCAUAUCUCGGUGAUGACAUGGCGAAAACAAUACAAUUUUGCUGCAAUGAAGGUGACCAGUACGCCAAAAAUUUUAACAACUGUCAAGGGACCUUCCCCAUGUCUCCAGAGGUGCCAACAGCUUUCAUCUCCAUGUGCCGUAUGGCGCAGGCGCAAUGCUGCAAUGAAUAUUUUGCAAAAAAGAAUGACUGUGAAAGCGGCGUAGACACAUCAAUCAGAAACGGCAGUUGUAACUUCAAUAAAGGUAUAAGCAAGGACUGUUGUGACGACUGCGCAAGAGGAACAGCGUUAGGAAAAUCUAAGGGUCCAGGAGCCUGUCAAAAAAACCCACGUGGAACCAGUGCAGAAGAAAUAUUGGCUCAGUACGCAUUUAAAAAAUGCUGCGAGAAAGCAGCGAAAGGUUGGAAAGAGAACUCAUCGCAAAGAAGUUCAAAUGCGAUAACAUUAUCUAUAUUGCCCUCAACAUGCGAGGACUACGCCCCUAAUGAGUUGUGUGCCCACCAUUGCAUACCAGUUCCGGGCUCCUACAAGUGUGAAUGUAACCCUGGCUUCAUGUUGAUGGCAGAUGGAAGAAAUUGUAAAGAGGUUAGCAAAAACAGAUGCAAGCCUCGAAAUGAUUGCCAGCACAAGUGUAACGAUAAUGGCGUUGAAGUCAAAUGCUCCUGUAGACGAGGAUAUGAGCUCAUGCAAGACGGAAAAUCUUGUCAAGAUAUAGAUGAAUGUCAGCUCGAUCAGCCAGUAUGUUUACCAGGUUCUAAAUGUCACAAUAUGCAAGGAUCCUACCGAUGCAUUCCGGUAAAGAAACAGAAUAAUAAUGUGGAAAAGGGAAAAUGCCCACCAGGAUUUACUAGAAAUGCUGACAAUAAUGCUUGUGACGAUAUAAAUGAAUGUCUUUUACCAAACCCACCGUGUCCAAUUUACAUCUGUGAGAAUACUGUGGGAGGGUACCUCUGCGGUGGAGUCUCUAGAGACCCAGAACUUGUGAGCCUUCGACCAAUUGACGAAGACAGGUGUCCUCCUGGCUUUAGGGUUGGAGUUAAUGAGGAAUGCGAAGAUAUCGACGAAUGUACAUCACAGAAACACGAUUGUAAUUUACUUUCCCAAUUUUGCAUCAACAAGCAUGGCUCUUUCCAUUGUCAGGAUAAAGCCUCAAAACAUUGUCCACCUGGAUUUAAAAUAAACACUAUAACUAAUAAGUGCGAAGAUAUUAAUGAAUGUGAAGACAAUGGCGAUGUUUGUCAGAUGGAUGAAAUCUGCAUCAACCAACUCGGACAGUACUAUUGUAAAUCUAAAUUGGAAGAAAAAAAAUCUUAUUCUUGUCCUGAAGGAAUGAGGAAGAAAGAAGGAAGCCCUUAUUGUGAAGAUAUCGAUGAGUGUGCAGAAGGGCUCCAUAUAUGUGACAUAAACCAGAGCUGCUUGAACACUAAUGGAAGUUACGACUGUCACUGUAAACGAGGAUACGAGUUGGAUGUAGUUACUCAAACUUGUGUUGAUACAAACGAGUGCGCAACAAUGCAACACAACUGCAUUCCACAACUACAUAGGUGCGACAACACAGUUGGCUCCUACAUUUGCGUGAGGAUCGCUUCUUGCGGUACAGGAUACGUCUUACAACACGUUACAGGAAAAUGUGAAGAUAUCGACGAAUGUGCACUGGGGACACACAAUUGUGGUUCAGGAUAUACUUGUUUCAAUAUAAGAGGCUCCUUCCGCUGCGUGAAAAGACGUCCAUCAACUACUUCCACAACACCGUUACCUGAAUAUGAAUAUGUCUAUUAUGAUUCUGAGGAAGAAACUGAUAACAAUACAUCGAGUGCUGAUAACGAGACACCUAAAGAGCCAUCAACUACUACAACGUCCACCACUCCGGUGCCUGAACCUCCAACUACUUUAAAAAUCCCAGAAACCACAAUUAAUACUGAACUUGAUACAAAAAUACUUGAGGAAACACCUCAUUACAACCCAUCAACAUUUCCAGAUAUAAGUUACAGUGAACCUAAGAACUCUGAACAACCAGAUACCACACCCAAUUUACUAGUCAUUCCAGUACCAACAGAAACCUCAGUUAAGGUAGAAAUACCUGAGUCAGAAACAUCAGCAAGAACAGAAACACCUAAACCAGAACCAAAACAAACUGAGCAAUCUAUUUCCACUGUAACUCAAUACCCAGAAUCAGAGGUAAAACCCACAGAAUGGUUACCAUAUCAACCCAAGGAACCCGAAUACCACAUAACUAAAACCGAACCACAACCUAUCAGGCCAGUUGAGAAAAUACCUCCCGAAAUUCCUGAAGAAGAACUUCCGAAAGAACCGGAUCAGCAGCCUCCACCUCGAUAUAAACCAGAACCAAACAAUGAAUCUCUACCUUUGGAAAUUGAAACGACGCCUGAAAUAUCUUACUUAUCACCAGAAAUACCGACUUCUACAGAAAAAUUGGUGCCUUCUUCAACUACCCCAGAAAAUGCCGGUAAUAAUUUCUGGAACACAGUAACUGUUAAACCGAAAAGUUGUCCAUUUGGAUUUGAGCCUGAUGAGUAUGGAUCAUGUUUUGAUAUUGACGAAUGUGCUACUGAUCGCCACAGCUGCUUCCCUUCGACUGAGAUUUGCAAGAACACAUUGGGAGGUUAUACUUGCAACUGCGCACCAGGUUUCAGAAGAGACCAUGUUACAUCGGCUUGUGACGUCAUUACAACGUCAUCAUCUACUACAUCAACUACCACCCCUAUACCGCUGCCGCCGACUACUUCAAGUGAAAGCUACUUCUGGGGAUAUCCAAACUAUCGAGUGACGUCAAGACCAUUCCACUCUCGGACCAUGUGCGAUAUUGGCUACCAUUACAACCUCAAGACUCUUACUUGUGAAGAUAUAAACGAAUGUAAGAACGGACAAGCAAACUGCGCAGACGUUGAAAUUUGUAUAAAUACAGAAGGUGGAUACAGAUGUGAUUGUCCACCGAAUUGGUCAUUGGAUACUUUUAGACAUAGAUGUGUACCGAACACCCGCAAUGGACAUCUUAUGCCGCCUGGAUACGGAAAUGAACCUGCUCCAUUUGUACCUACUAAGAAUUCUGUACCAGUUGCAACAGGUACAAAAUACCUGGACCCGCAAAUCAUACAGGUCGAAGACAAAGGAACAGUCAUAAAGUGCUCACAUGGCUACAGAGUUGGAGAGGACAAUUCUUGUAUUGAUAUUAACGAGUGUGAGACUGGAGAAGCAAAAUGCGGCCCUCAGCAGAUUUGUAGCAACUUGCCAGGUGGUUACUCCUGCAACUGUCCCAGCGGACAUAAGCUGAUUGGUGAUCACAUGUGUGAAGAUGUUGACGAAUGUGAUAUAAAGGGUAACUUGCCUAUUUGCUCUCAAAACGCCGACUGUGUGAAUACAAUUGGAUCUUACCGCUGCCAAUGUCACGCGGGCUUUCGUUCAGCGCCCAUAAACGACAAGGUCUGCGUUGACGUCGACGAAUGUAUGGCCGCCAGGCCUGGUUCUUUGUGUCAGCAUAGAUGUAACAAUGUGUGGGGAGGAUAUAGAUGUUCCUGCCAUAGAGGUUAUAAACUUAAUCCUGACAACAGUACAUGUUCCGAUGUUGAUGAAUGUAAAGAGUUCAAGUCUAAAUUAAUCUGCAUCGGUAAAUGCUUAAAUGAACCUGGUAGCUACCGCUGUACCUGUCCUACGGGGUAUAAACUUGCAGAAGACAGGAAGAGUUGUAUUGACAUUGAUGAAUGCGAAACUGGUGAAGCCCUUUGUUCAAAGGGGACAGCUUCUGUCACGUCCAAUGAUGUAUGUGUGAAUACCCGAGGCAGUUACAGGUGUCAUCGUAUUACUUGCCCUGUUGGUUAUCAACUGGAGAAUAAACACCGCUGUAACAAGGUAGAAAAAAUCUGCCUACCUACAGAUUGGAACUGCACCCGCCAGCCUACUACCAUCUCGUACAAUUUCAUCACUUUUGUUUCCAAUCUGUAUAUACCCGAGGGUGAGCUCAAACUGUUUACAAUGAAGGGCCCAGCUUGGACAAAUGCAAAAAUGAGGUUCCAGCUUCGGUUACUAAGUGUCAAUGCUCCACCAAGUGUGAAGAAGAAAGCUAGUAUAAACGAUUUCUUAUUAACACAGCAAACCAACUUUGAAGGUUUAAUGUCGUUAGUGCGGCCACUCGAAGGACCACAAAGUAUUGAACUUGAGAUGUCUAUGGACGUGUACACUGACGAACAGUUUGGCGGGACAGCCAUAGCGAAACUUUUAAUUUAUGUUUCAGAAUACGAUUUCUGA